UUCUGCUUGGGGCACAUGUGCAGAGUGGAGAUACAGCACGAGAGGGAAGUGGAGGGAGAGAUAGAGCUGGUUCAUUUUCAGCUCGUCCCCGUAGACUGUGGAACGGAUUAUACUCGCAGAGAGGGAGGGAGAUGCAUAGGCACUGUCUUAGCACACACUGAAUACCCUGCCUCCAAUCCUCUACACUGCACCGUGCACUCACUCCGCUCUCUUUCCUCCAUCACACACUACUGUGCAGACACAAACACACCACUGCCAUGUAGAAUCUCGGCCAGAAGGGGACACCAACCUGCCCAGGACCAGGAGCCAGGUCGAGAGAAGAGAAAGGAUUCCAUGAUCUCUGCAGGUGAUGCCGAGUUCCCACGAGAUUACCACACCCUGGCUGCCAGGGGCGGCCGUGGGGCACGCCGGUUCCAGGACAACAGCAAUGGCGGGUUCACGUCUUCCUCGCUGGACCGCCGGCACAACUCUGUGGCUGCUAAGAGCUUGGAGGCCCUGAACAGCAUGCACAAGGCGGACAUCGAACGGCAGCGAGAUGCCCUGAUGGACCUCCAGAAGAACAAGUACACAAACAGUCCUGGCAGCUUGUCACAAGGCUCCGCUGCUGCUGGCCGACAGCAACAACCAAACUACUGGAGCUUCAAGAGCCGUACGCCUCGAGUGACCCGACUCAGCCCAACUCAGCCAGCUCUUGCAGACCAGGCCAACAGGGUUUCUUUUGCCUCAGCUGAAAAUCUGGAGACCAUGUCUGAACCUGACAUCCCCAUCGGCUUUAACCGGAUGAACCGGCUUCGCCAGAGUCUUCCACUGGCCCGCUCAUCUAGUCAGGCCAAACUGCGGGCACCAGGAAUUCUCUUCCUCCAGCUAGGGGAGGAAAUUCGCAGAGUGCACCUGACCCAUGAGUUGACCAGCCUGGACACCCUGAGGGCCCUCAUUGUUCACAUGUUCCCCCAGAGGCUCACCAUGGCCAUGCUCAGGUCCCCCAGCACAGCUCUACUAAUCAAGGAUGAGACCCGUAACGUCUUUUAUGAGCUGGAGGACCCGCGGGAUGUUCAGGACCGCUGCGUAAUUAAAAUUUACUGCAAAGAGCCCAUCUACGGCACUUACCCCGGACACCACAACCCCCACAUCGCUAACGGAGACUUGAGAAGGGAGAUGGUGCAUGCGCCCCAGGACUCUCCAUCAAACCGUCGCCUCGGUAACCCCGCCAUGUCCUCCCAGCAUUCGUCAUCCUCUGCUUCACCUCCUCAAGGCUCACCGUCCCGUGCCCGCCUGCUCUACAGCUCCGGGAGGCCUUCGUCUUACGCGGGGCCGCCCCACCACACCCACUCCUUACCUCACCCACACUCCCAGUCCCAUCACUCCUCUCCCCUCCAGCAGCCCCAGCUCCACCAGCCCCACCACCCCCAGCCGGCCUUCUGUACCUCCUCCAGCGCCAUCCUGGAGCGCAGGGAUGUGAAGCCUGAUGAUGAGGUGGGUGGUUCCAGGAGCAUGGUGCUGCUGCGCGGAGAUGGAGGUGGGAUCUACGCAGACCCAUACACUUUGGGCCCAGACACGAGUCGGCUGAGCUUUGCGGCAGGUCCUCACUCUCCUCUGCCUGCCCGAGCCGACCCCUACGCUUCCUUAUACCGCCGCGGGGGAGGACCAGGUCCAGGAUCAGUUCGGUCGCUAACCUCCUACUCUGCUGCGGCGUUACAGGGAGAGCUAAUGGAAAGCGGAGUUCUCUACAGGCCCGGGGGGCCACUGUACAACGACGCCUACACUGCUUCCAUGCUGGCAAUGGGUCUGAGGGUUCCACCACCCUCUUCUCCUCAGAAGAUACCUGAUAUGAGGGAUUCCUACGGGGGGACUAUGUCCACUCGCGGUUCUCCAGGGAGGCAGAGUUUAAGAAGGGACUCGGUUACCUCCUCUGUGUUUGGCGACAGCCCCAAGGUCCGGGGCCAGGGUCCAGGGUUGGGUCUGACAGCAGAGCAGCUCUGCCUUAUUGGUGGAGGUGAUGGAGGAGGCAGCACUGGAGGCUAUGGGUCACCGCUGAUGGGGAAUGAAACUGAGACCAGGGAGAGAAUGGAGGCAAUGGAGAAGCAGAUAGCGAGCCUGACAGGGCUGCUGCAGAGAGUACUGACCAGAGCGCCUGAAGCUGACAGUCCGGAGAAGCUCGAGACGGCUAGUGACUGUUCAGGAAAUGACCCUGGACAAACUAAAAAAAAGAAAGCUCUGACACCAUCUGCUCCCCUGGCUCUGAUGCCCCCUCCAUGUUUGGCGGCCAACCAGCCCGUAGCCGUGUCCCGUAUGCAGAUGCAGCUCCACCUCCAAGGCCUGCAGCAGAACACCAAUGCCCUGCGCAAGCAGCUGUCACAGCUGCGCAACAUGCAGCUGGAGAACCAGGACUCCGUUCUGUCUCUACUGCGUCAGACUGAGUCUGAGCUGAGCCUCAUGAUGCUGGACGCCAUGCGACCCCAAGAGGACCCGCUCCAAAGACAGCGGCUCUUAGUGGAAGAGGAGCGGCUGAAGUAUUUGAACCAGGAGGAGCUUCUCAUCCAGCAACUGCACGACCUGGAGAAAUCUGUUGAGGAGCUGCAGAGGAACUUGUCUGUCAACCACGGCCUGGUGACGGAGCAAGAGGUGGAGCAGAAGAGCAAAGAGCUGAGGAUGUUGGGAGAGACUCUCGCUGAACUCAAAAACCAGUUCCCCAGCCUGCAGAGUAAGAUGCGAGUGGUGCUGAGGGUGGAAGUGGAGGCUGUUAAGUUCCUAAAAGAGGAGCCUCAACGCCUGGAAGCUCUACUGAAACGCUGCAACACCAUGACUGAUGCUCUCUGCACACUUCGCAGACAAGUCUCAGAAGGUGUGUGGAAGACCCCUGAAGACCUUUCCAGUCAAUCCCAGAAAAGAUCAGACGACCUGAGUCGCAGCUCUGACCUGGACAUCCUGAACAGUCCUCCUCUCAGCCUCAGUGACCUGAGCACCAGUUCCGGUCUGGCCAACUGGAUGCCCCUGUCCUCCUCUGCCAGUGAAGCUGACACCUCCGGUCCUGAGCAGGACGUCCAGUCAUCCAUGACCUUCAGAAACAGAGUCCUGGAUGAGCUGCCCAGUCGGCGCCCUGCAGACAAAGCCGUGUCUGCUGAAGUCAGACUGGCGGCUGAGCGGGACUGGGAGGAGAAACGUGCCAGUUUGACCCAGUUCAGCGCCCAGGACAUCAAUCGCCUGCUGGAAGAAACCCAGGCUGAGCUGAUGAAGGCUAUUCCAGACUUGGACUUUGCUGCCAAGCACAUAAACAAACCGGCAGUGCCCCCCAAACCUCAGAUUACCCUCCCAAUAAGCUCCACCACAGCUACUUCUUCAGCUGCUGGGAGCACUGGGACCACAGCCACCACUAUGUCCAGUGGGGAGCAGCAGCCUGGCAAAGUGCAGCUCGCUGCUCAGAAGCUCAACAGCAUGGAGGGUGGCGGCUCACAUCGAGGGUCUGUGGACCUCAGUGUAGCCAGAUACAAAACAGAAAAACCCUCCAAGUCUCCUCCACCGCCUCCCCCUCGCCGAAGCUUCCCGUCGGCUCACGGCCUCACCACGAACCGCACCGGAGAGGUGAUCGUCACCAACAAGAACCAGAAGAUUGAAGAAGAUGGUGACAUGCCAAAAACUUUGGUAAAGCUAAGAAGGACCCCCUCAGACACACCCCGGCCAGCCUCCACUCCACCUGUGAUCGCCGCCUCAGCCAUUCAGGAUGAAGAUGACGAAGAAAAGAUUCUCGCUGAGCUAGAGAAUAGCAGUAACUCGCCAGGACCAACGAAAGGUCCCACCGUCGCAGCCCGACUCAAGCACCUUCAACAGGGCAGCCUGGAGAGACCAAAAACCCGCAAGCAGAAAGAGGAUUUCCCCAAACUCCAGGGCCAGCAGCAGUCCUGAGCUUCUGCUGCUCACUGAUCCGGCCGAUCAUCAUCAUUUCUGCCGACGUUUCCCUUCACUGCUUUUUUCUGACAUCUUUUUUUAGUCCGUCAGCCAACCUUUUUUUUUUUUUUACCUCUCCUCUUCGUCACUUGCUUUGCCUUUUGUCAUCCUGUCUGCUUCUCAGGUCUCUCAGGUCUCAUCUGGACUAAUUACGUGAGGACUGAGUACUCGGAUCAUUCCACUUUUGGACCUCUAAAUCCUAAUUCACACCUCAAAGGUGACUGUUGGUUAAAAUGUCACAGUUUGGAGGCAAACAGGAGCUCCUGUUGUCUGCUGAGAAAUUAAUGUGACUAUGCCAAUUCAUGUGUAAAAUUUGGAAAGUGACUGCAGCAAUUCUGGACCUGCAACAUGAAGCAGUUUAACACAUCUAAUGUGUAAAUCCAUCUACCACCAUAACUAACAACCUAACACCAGAUCUAUGUCCCAGUUUUAUGCUUAAUUGAGGACUGGCAGAUUCUGUAUAUGUAAUAAAAUUAGUAUUUUAGUUUUAUCCAGUGAAUUCUGCAACAAACACACAAGUAAAAGCUGCAUGAGUGUUUCACUUUAUGUUACAGGUGGAUUUCAGUAAAUAAGAAUAUAAUUGAAAAGUACACGCAUUUCAGUCAUUCACUUCAAGAAAUCAAUAGAAAUAAACUGGAAACAUAAAACUGAUAAAUUUCUGUUGUUUGAGAUGAAUGUUUUGAAUUAAAUGACUAAAAAAUAGCUAUGUCUUGAUCUUCUAAUUUACUGAAAUUUACCUGCAUUUUGCCAAAUCUUGCAUUAUUAAGAUAUGAAAGUAUUAACUGGACUUGUCAAACUUAAAAGUAUUUAAAUUUAUCUAUUGCUUCAUCUCUGGCAAUUCAUUAAGCUGCUUUAAAACGGUCCAGAGCAGCGAUGUUGAAUAAUAACCACAAUGGGUUGAACUUGCUUGAAUUUCAUUUUCUGGCAGCUACACAUAAGCGGAUGUUUUAAUAUGAAAGGAAGCCAAUAAUAAAUGAAUAGGCAGGUGACAUUAAUGAGUAAAUAUUACCUCUCAGAAGAUCUAUGUCCAAGUUUAGUUCAGAGUAAAACUGGAUAACCAUUUAGAAACCGAGCUGAAUUCAGAGCUAGUUCAUAUUGGGCCUGAUCACUUUCUUUGUUACCUGAAUUCAGUCGUCUUAUUUAGGUUUAGUCCUCUUGAGCAUAUUUUGGUCAGGUAAAGUGCAUUUUAUUAUGGCCAAAUUAAAGCUUCUCAGAUAUUUUUGUAGAUAUACACUACUUCUACUUUACUCCUUAGGCCUGUUAGGCCACCUCAAUUAUACCCAUAAUUUAUUCAAUUCAGUUUAAUGCCGUUGAAAAGUAUUUGCAUCUUUGACUGUUUCUUCGCUUUUUGUCACACACAAAUGUUUCAGAUAAUGAAACUAAAUUUAAUAUGACAGACAACCUGAUUUUUUUUUAAUUUAAUAAACUGAUUGAUAAGGAGAAAAUGUUCAAGCCAACCUGGCCCAAGGUGAUAGGAUAUUUGCCACCUAAACCUGAUAGAUGAUUCAGUCACACUUGGUGGCAGCAAUAAUAACCACCAGUGAGAAUUGUGGUGCACUUUUCUUUGCACGAUUGAUUUAAUUACACUACAUUGGAGGGUUUGCAAGUUUUGACAGCAUAUUUAAGUUUUUGAGAAAGCAUUUUUAUUUAUAUUUAAAUUUAGCCUUAAAUCUAAGAGUUUGCUUACAUUUCUUUCCGUUUGUUUGAGCCAUUGAGAAGUGGACUUGCUGGAGUGAUUUUGAUCAUUGUCUUGCAUAACUCAAGAGCUUAGAGUCAAAUGUUUGUGGAUGGACAUUUUUUUGUAGAUCAGAAUUAAUGUUUUGAUUGAUUACUGAAGCCUGUCCAGUUCUGAUACCAUUAUCACACUGCCACCACCACGUGGGACUGUCUGUAUAAUAAUCACACUUUCCAUUUAAUCCCUCUUAUGUCUCGUCAGUCCACAGAAUCUUUACUCAGAAGUGUUGAGGAUCAUAAACAUGAAUUUUUGGAAAUCUGAGAGAGGCCAUUUGUGGUAUUUAUUGGUUAGGAUGGAUUUUAUCCUUUGAAAUCUCCCAUGGAUGCCUUUUUUUUUCUUAUUGUUCAGUCAUGAACACUGACCUUACCUGAGGCAAGUAAGGGCUUCAGAUGUUGUUCUGGGUUAUUUUGUGAUGUCCUUGAUGAGUCGAUGCACGCCGACCACUCUCGGGGAAGAUCUCCCCAUUUCUAUUCUUUCUCCACUUGUGGAUAAUGGCUCUCUGCAGUCCAAAAGAGCUUUAGAAGUGGAAAUAUGCAGCCUUGUCCAAACUGAUAGAUGUCAGAUUUUGUUACUCAUCUUUUCAAGGCUGUUUUCUUUUUAAGAUUUUUAAGCCUACUUGAUGUCAGAUGGGUUCUAAGCAUUUCUGUCCUGGUCUGGUAGUAAUCAGGCCUGGGUGUGGCUGGUGAAAUUGAAUGAAAAAUGUGAGCAAUCCCAAUUAAUUUACAGUUCAGCAAAAUAAGGAAUUAUAAUUUCAUACAGGUUGGUGUUGACAGUGUGUUUUUCUCUUUAACAAGUGAUAUAAUUAAGCUUCUUUGUAAUUAGACUAUAUCUGUCUAAUUUUUUAAAAAAAUUCUAGAAUUAAAGUGUUAAAAACAAAGUAAACAAAAAUAAAUAUUAAGUCAAAAAGCACUUCAAAGCACAGGCCCUUCAGAAGAUGAAGGAAUCCUCUCCAUUUACAGAAAUAAAUUUUAGCAUGUUUGCUAUAAAACUCUCCAGUUGCAAAAUUUGAAGGGGCCUGCACGUUUAUUCAGUCAUACUUCUGCAGCUCCACAGACACCUUAGUUUGAACACUUAAGACAUGUGCCUUCACUUUGCAAUUUUAUUUACAGUUAACAUUUCCCUGAAAUAAGAGCAGGUUAAAUAUCCUGCCUACAUGGUGUUCAAAGCAGACCAGAUCAUGCCCAGUAGAGCAAACAGUUAACAUUUCUAAAUGAAACUGUUUGUCUAAAAGUCCUGAGUUUAUAGCAGCUGUUCACUCCCCUAUGUCAUCAGACAGCACCACUCAAAAGUUAUUUAAUUAAAAAGCCUUAGGUUUAAAAUUCAUGGACAUUCAUGCUUAUACAUAAUAUUAAGGGUGAAACUGGGACACAGGCAUGUUAACAUGUUAGUCUUCAAUUUAAGUUUUCUUGUAAUUUGGACUGAAACAGAAACAAGACAUAUUGAGCUAUAAGGCUUUUGGAUUAAAAUGAGACCAAACCAGUGUUUCUGAAAGGAUUGGUGUUUAUACGUGAGGGAGACUACAUUAAGAGUUUAUAGUUGACUUGUUUAUGAAAUGUAGGAACAGAUUAGCUAAUCCAGAUUUAGAAAAGUUUAAAUCUGACCGGAAACACUUCAGAUGUAUGUAUAUUAGUAUAAAACCAUUUAGUUUUUGUUUUAGAGAGAACAUGUAAAAAAGAACAAAAAAAUGUCAUCUAUGUUUUAUAUAAUCAAGCUUUUUUUGUAUUUUUAUACUUGAAGAGGAUUCAUAAGCAUGGAACACAUUUAUUCUGUAAAUUCUUUAUUUUUCUGCGUUAAAGAUUUUAUUUUUUCUGCGAACCAUAAAACAAACCAUAAUCACACGUUGCCGUAGAGACCUGAAAACACUCCUAAUACAAACUGUAAAAUAGUGCCACCACAUUUACUUAAAAAAAGCACAUGAAACAAUCCCGUCACUGAUGAGACAUCCCGUUUGUAGCCGUUUUAUUCUAUUCUAACCAACAGUGUGUCGGAUUAUACAGAUUCAACUGUUUAUCGAUGGUUUCUUGAUGAGCGUGUGAUUGUUCAACCAUUUGUGGAUGUUCAGAUCAUGUAUAUAAACCCAAAUAAUAUAUUACAAAUUGAUUUUAUGUGAUUUUUUUAUAUAUAUAAAGGGGGGAAAAUACUCCAAAAUGGCAUGCAUACUGUAAACAUUCCUGGAAAAUCUGCACGCCGGCUGAACUGACGUCUCAUUUUAAUUCUGUGUAUACCUGUGAGUGUACCAUAGAGUAAAGAAAACUGUACAGCGACAUAUAGAUUUUUGUAUUCUGUUAAAAGCCCUACUGUCAGAAUAAAUAAGAAAAAAGAAAUCAACUAUCACACUUGUGAAGAAAGAUAUCUAAAAGAUAUUUAUCAACUAAACGCUGUUCCUUCAGUUUGAAAGUGAUGCUUGCUGUGUGGGGUAAGUGUUGUUUGUGAACUGUGAAGAAGAAUGAUAAACUACUACAAAGUCAGUAUACUGUAAGUACAAACCAACUAAUCUGUGCAGAACAAAGCACAAAUCUGUCAAUGGAAAAGAAAAAGAACAAAAAACAAAAAAACGUUGCUGCUUCAUGUGAGAAAAUCCAACAAACAGGUUGCUGCUUUUUGUACGUUCCUGUUGUGUUUUUGUGACAAUAAAGGUGACCCUCUGAUACACAA